AUGACGUUUCUUUCCACAACUUAUCUCCUUCCCGGAAUAUUACUCAACCCUGCGUUUGUCCUACAUCUCAUGAAUACCUUCAUCUCACACCUCUUACCACCUCCUCCAACCAUGUCAAAAUCUCCACAUCCAAUCUUCGAAAGUCUCGGGCCAUUACCAGGAACGCAAUGGGCAUUUGAUGUGCAUGAGGACGAUGCACUAUGUUGGAGAUAUACUGCUGCCAUGGUUAUUAUACAGGUGUGGAUAUUCGGACGGGUUAAUGGUAAUAGAGUUUCGAUGAAAAAUGCAAAAGCUGUCAGAGCAGAGAGGGAACGAGUACGAAAGGAACGAAGUGCUAUCAUUGAGGUCGAACCAACAUCUGCGAAAUCAACAAAUGGGCUCGAUGGCAUAUAUGAAGUAGAGAAUGGCAGAUUUGAAAAGGCAGAUUUCCUUGAACGGCAUAACGAAAUAAUGGAAGCUAGUGAUGGGAGUACGACGGAAACGAGCGAAGAAGAGAUCAUUGUUUAA